AUGUUGCAUAUUUUAGCGGAUGUGUUUAUGCAGCAAGGACCCACGUCGUCUGGCCUCGUCGCUAGGGUAGCUGGUAGUCCUUGCCUGGCUUUCGAAUAUGCAGAAACAGCAUGCUGCCCGGAGGCUGUGGCAGGUGCUUUGGAACAUGCCGCAGGAGCACGCUCCAGCCGACGUGAUGCAGACAGCGUGGAGGCCGUUAAUGGAGGCAGGAAAAGGCAGGAAAGGCAGCCUGCAGCAGGAAAGGCAAAAGCAGUAAAGGCGGAAGCAGUAAAAAGCAGAAGUAGUAGAAGCAGAAUCAGAAUCAGAAGCAGCGGUAUCGGACCGGAUAUCUCGUAG